UUGUGCCUCCCAGAAAGCGAGACGCGCCGUGCUCUGAGCUCUCCCAAACAUUAGGCAACGUUCACUGCUCAGAGGGAGACGGUAAUACGCAAUACCAGCACACACUUUAGCUUCUCUGGUUCACAUACACCGUCCUCUCUUCAUUCACCUCGACAGAAGAAGGUAGUGCAGCCAUGAGUCAGGGUAAGAUAGGUGCUGAGGGGCCAGGAUUCAUUGGGAUCCGUUUCUGCCAGGAGUGUAACAACAUGUUGUACCCUAAAGAGGACAAGGAGAACAAAAUCUUGCUGUAUGCCUGCCGUAAUUGUGACUACAAAAUGCCAACUGACAACAAUUGCAUCUACGUCAACAAAUUGAUGCAUGAAAUUGAUGAGUUGCGUCACAUCAGUCCGGAGGUGGUGCAAGACCCCACGCUGCCCCGCACAGAUGACCACCCGUGUCCCCGGUGCAGCUCAAGAGAUGCUGUGUUUUUCCAGGCACAGACUAGGAGAGCUGAAGAUGAGAUGAGACUGUACUAUGUCUGUUGCAACACUGAAUGUGUACAUCGUUGGACUGAGUGAAUCCUGUGCCACUGUUAAAAGGACAUAUUUUUGUUUAGAUAUUAAUUAGGAUUUUUUUUUUUUUUUUUUUUAUAUUAGGAAGCCCUGAUUAUCAAACUGAGAAAAUGAGACAAUUAAUUUGAUAACUAUUAAUGAGAUCAUUCAUAAUUAUUCAUAUAGUAAAUGAAGCUGCCUACUAUACAUGUAUUUUUAUUAAAAAUUAAAACUAUA